AGGACUGGGAAAGGUUCUGGGGAAGGUCUGUGGUUUCUCACAAUUUGUCUUGUUUUGACUUUUUUCUUUUCUGUCUGGCUUUUCUUAGGAACUAAAAAUUAUCCUUUAAUAUGUAAUGCCUUGUUUCAUACUGGUUCCUCGUCUUGUACCAAAGAAGAUUAUUACCAGAUAUUGGGAGUUCCUCGAACUGCUACCCAAAAGGAGAUCAAGAAAGCCUAUUACCAGCUUGCCAAGAAGUACCACCCUGAUACAAAUAAGGAUGACCCUAAAGCUAAGGAGAAAUUCUCUCAACUGGCAGCAGCCUAUGAGGUGUUGAGUGAUGAAGUGAAGCGAAAACAAUAUGAUACCUAUGGCUUUGACCCUGGCUCAGGGGAUACUGGACAUCAGUAUUGGCGUAGUGGUCCCACGAUUGACCCAGAAGAGCUUUUCAGGAAAAUCUUUGGGGAGUAUUCAGGGUCUGCUUUUGGAGAUUUUCAGACUGUCUUUGACCAACCACAGGAGUAUAUCCUGGAAUUGACAUUCAAUCAAGCAGCAAAAGGUGUUAACAAGGAGAUUGUGGUGAAUAUUAACGACUCUUGUCAGAGGUGUGAAGGCAGGGGGCAUGAACCUGGUACCAAAAUACAGUCCUGUCAUUAUUGCAGUGGCACUGGCAUGGAAACAGUAAAUACAGGCCCUUUUGUGAUGCGUUCUACGUGCCGGCGAUGUGGUGGUCGCGGUUCCAUUGUGAUAACACCCUGUGUAAUGUGUAGAGGCACAGGACAAACCAAGCAGAAGAAGACUGUGAUGGUCCCUGUGCCAGCAGGUGUGGAAGAUGGCCAGACUGUUCGAAUGCCUGUGGGAAAGAAAGAAAUAUUCAUUACUUUCAGGGUUCAAAGAAGUCCUGUAUUCAGGAGAGAGGGAGCAGAUAUCCACUCAGACCUCUUUAUCUCAGUAGCACAGGCUCUUCUUGGAGGUACUGCAAGAUGUCAGGGCCUUUAUGAGACCAUCAAUAUCACGAUACCCCCUGGUAUACAGCCACAUCAGAAGAUUCGAAUGAAUGAGAAAGGCAUUCCUCGGCUUAACAGUUAUGGUUAUGGAGACCACUACAUUCACAUAAAGAUCAGAGUGCCUAAGAGGCUGACAAAUCGCCAGCGAGCCUUAAUGAUGAGCUAUGCUGAGGAUGAGACAGAUGUGGAAGGGACAGUGAAUGGAGUCACAAAUACAGCUACUGGUGGCAGGGCCACGGAUAGCACUGAAGCAGGCAAGGAUAGGCCUGAGGCGGAGGCAGGGGAGAACGGGGGAUUCCUUACCAAACUUAAGAAAAUGUUUAGCUCCUGGUACCCUAUCUGAGGGAAGCGUUCUACUGGAAACUAGACACUGGGAAGCAGCAGCAGGUCAUCUCCCCAAACUGGGCAGAUCUUCCGGCUUUGGGCCUUGGAGAUGAAAGAAUCUUAUUUAGCAGCACAGUGGGAACCCCACCCAGAGGCACCAUGAACCAUGUAGGCACCAGCCGUCACCAAGCUGUGAGAAAUCUGUUGUCUUAAGAAGUGAUAACAAAAGCAAAUGCUUUUGCAUUAACAGACACAGAACCCCUUGUGAAAUGUUGAGGUUUCUUAGUGCAGGGAGCUUAUUCAGACUCUUCAGGCCCUAUUUAUAGAAUUAAAACUUGCAUUAUAAUUUGGAACCAAACCCAGUGGCAAUUUAAAAUAAAAAUUGUACUCCCAGGUUAAAAUGAAGCAGUUUGCUAUGCUGAGCCUUCAUAGAGCUGGCUUUCCACACAGCAGGCAUGGGCAUUACUUAACAUGUCCAUCCACUCAAUCAGCCGUCUCUGUGCUAGAUACGUAGUGCAGUGCAUCCUUUUCUAAAAGGUGCAGUCUGUCAAUGGCCCUCUUCAUGGCAAAAAAUUCUUCUCCUGUAGCCUUGCGUAAAGCAACCUCCUAAAGAAGAAUAUCACUUCUACAGAGAUUCUUGUAAGUAUCAGUGAAGGAGCAGAAUUGCACAUGGUCCCCCACAAAACAUCCCCCACCUAGGUCACGAGGUUCCCUUGUCAUCUUGGUUUCUUUUACAGGCAGCAGUGAUUAGAAUCCACACUUUGCAUUGGCUGUUUUUCCCUUCCCCUGUUACAUUAUUACAGGUAGAAAGCAAGUCAGUGUAUUGCUAUUUCUAAACUGGUACAGGUCUUGUAUCAGUUCUUGCAAAGACAUUAGGGCCUGGUUGUUAUACAGCUGAUCCCUACUUUAGUCCUGGAGAAGACUUUUUGUUCUGGUGAUACUGGCAAAUGUAAGCAGGCAGCCUCUGAGAAAUAUUCUUUCAUUUUAUAUACAUGUGUCAGAAUGUAGUGAAUUAGUUCAAGCUCUUCAGGUGGGGUUAAAUGCUAGUCAUGAAUAUUCUCUUGGUCACUGCAUCAACCUCCUUUAUUUAAUAAAAGUAUGAUGAAUCCACAUACUAAUUGACCAGCUAAACAAGAAUUCUGUGUUAAUAUUUCCCUUCUUAAUUUGCUAAAAUAAAGCACGUUGCCUCCUAUUUAAAUUGUCUGUAAAAUGAAUGUUAAUGUACAUAAGAUGAUCUGUUCCAUAAAGAUAUUUAAAACCUCU